GCCUGUCAGUUAGUGCCGCGGCGCCGUGACGGUACGGUGUUUAGUUGGUACGUGGUCGUCGUUCCUUCCGGCCGGUCGUGCGCGCGCGUCCGCUCGUGUGCGUCUCGUCGUCGCCCGAUGAUGAUGAUGAUGAUGAUGACGACGACGAUGACGAUGAUGACGACGACGACGACGAUGACGACGACGACGACGACGACGACGACGACCGGCACACCACGGAGACCCACGGCGCGAGGAGACACGCGGCGCCUCGACUGCCAGUGACGCGACCGGACCUCGUGUGUGCGUCGCCAGCGUCCCCCCGCUCGGUUUUUUGCAUUUUUCUAAAUGGAUACUCUGUUGUUAGCGCGACACGCGACCGCUAGUGGGACGUGCGCUUAAGGAUUGUGCGUUAGGGAGCCGUCAGUUUGUCGUUGUGCUGGUUCCUCGUCAACCGCUGCGGCUGUACGCGAGUGAGAUCUUUUGUAAAUUUGUAUCAAGUGCGCGCGGGAGAGUAAAGGGGAAGGGAAACACGGUGACACACGGGGAGGAGGCCCAGACGGCCCAGAGGCGGCGGGAUCUACAAAGACCGGUUGUGAUCGAUGAUUUCUUUGGUGCUGUUUUGUGUGUGCGCGUAAGCGUCGCCGAUAGUCGGAGCACAUCCGGGCGGAUAACGCGAGAUACACGGGAUAACAAGGUGAGCCGAUCGGACGGACGGCGGCGAUCACGCAUGCGGAAACGGAAGCCGCGCGACUAGAGCGGUUAUGAGAGUUCGAUGACCACCGGCGCGCGGACCAUCGACGCUACCAUGGACUACCUGCAGACGUGCCUCAUCUUUUACCUGCUGAUCCUCUGCUUCUGCGGCGGACGCUCUAUAGACAUAUCACAAUGCAUCGCACCCCUGGGGAUGGAGUCGGGCGCGAUUCCCGAUACGGACAUCACUGCGAGCUCCAGCUUCGACAGCGGAAACGUCGGGCCGCAUCACGGACGGCUGAAGCAGGAGAGCCACGGCGGUGCCUGGUGUCCGAAGCAUCAGAUCACGACGGAGCCGCGCGAGUGGCUGGAAAUCGAUCUUCACACGGUGCACAUGAUCACCGCGACCGGCACUCAGGGUCGCUUCGGCAACGGCCAGGGUGCCGAGUUCUCCGAGGCGUACUUGCUCGAGUACUGGCGGCCGAAGCUGGGAAAAUGGGUGCGCUACAGGGGCUUUACCGGUGAAGAGGUGAUCUCAGCUAAUACCAACACCUACCUGGAAGCGAAGCACGAACUGCAACCACCGAUAUUGGCGACCAAAAUUCGUUUCCUACCCUAUAGCUACCACCGUCGCACCGUUUGCAUGCGCGUCGAGCUCUACGGUUGCCCAUGGAACGACGGCAUCGUCUCGUAUUCGAUGCCGCAGGGCGACAAGCGCAACAAUUGGGAGUUCUUCGACGCGACCUACGACGGUUAUUGGGACGGACAGCUACUGCGCGGUCUGGGACAACUGACGGACGGCAAGAACGGGCCGGACAACUUCAAGAUGGGCUAUUACGACGAUAAAGGGAGUCAAGGGGGCUGGGUCGGUUGGAAGAACGACACCAAGUCCGGCCAUCCGCUCGAGAUCAAAUUCGAGUUCGACCGCGUGCGCGAGUUCUCGGCCGUUCAUAUCUACUGCAACAAUCAGUUCACCAAGGACGUGCAGGUCUUCUCGGAGGUCAACAUCACGUUCAGCGUCGGCGGCGAGCACUUCCUGGGCGAGCCGAUCGUCUACUCCUACAUGGAGGACCGGAUCUUCGAGCACUCACGAAACGUCACGAUCAAGCUGCACCACCGGAUCGGCAAGUUCGUCAAGCUCAAGUUCGCCUUCGCCUCGCGCUGGAUCAUGAUCAGCGAGAUCACCUUUGACUCCGACAUCGCUCACGGCAACUUCAGCCAGGAAUCGCUGCCGACGACUGAGGCGCCGCGACCGCGGGACCGAACUUCGACCCGCGACAAUCCGCUGCAGGCCGAAGUUCCGGUGGCUAAGCAGGACGAUCCGACUUACAUGGCCGUGAUCAUCGGCAUCUUGACCGCGGUGAUACUGCUGCUGGCGGUCGCCAUAUUCCUAAUAGUCACGCGUCACCGCCAGCGGAAGAACUUUGCCAGCCCGCUCGGCGCCAAGAGCGCGAUCCCGUCUGGCAAUCAUCAGCAUCUGUCGCCGGAAUCCGCCUACGGCACCACGGAGAAGGACCCCUCGCUGAUGACCUACAGGGUCGAGGAGCUCGACGACCGGUACGCCGGCACGAAGCUCACCACUCUGCCGCGCGAUCUCAACGAUCGUCUCUUGGGCGACGUCAGACUCGACGAGUACCAAGAGCCCUUCCACGAGAACAAAUAUCGGGAAUCUCCGCACGCGGCGUACUACGGAUACAGCACGGUCGUCAUAGACAACAAAGACCUCCACGACAACGUCGAACAGUCUGAUGCCACUUAUGACUACGCAGUACCAAUGCCCGUGCCUAGCGUAAGCAGCGAUCAGGACAGCGUGUUCUCGAAAUCGUCCUCCAGGGGUAGCGCAAAGGCGUGCUUGCAGAGCUUUUUCCCGCCGCCGCCGCCCCCCAUGAGCGCGCCGCCCCCUCGAGGCUCCAGCAACCUGACGUACUCGAAUCCACCGAGUCCGGAACCAGUUUGCGAGCGCGAGCGCCGAGGUAGUAAGCGCCGCGAGCACUCCUUGCACAGAUACGCGUAAGGGCUGCUCUUCGCAGCCCGCGGGACAUUCAACGGACGACGAGAAGGAGGAAGAGGAGUAGUAGGAGGAGGACGAGCAAGAAGAAGCCGGCGGAUGGAUCGAAGGUACGGUGGAAGAUACUUCGUUACAGCGAGUAGACCGAGGUAGAUCGCGUGAUCGAGCGAGGCCCCCGGCACACCGCGAGCGAUCUUCCGACUCUGGAAUUCUGUGCCACUUCUCGCUGUCCGCCGACGAGCGCGCGUACGCGCUCUCCUCGGAAUCCUCGCGAAAUCGCGAUCGCGCUCGGAAUCGACGCUAAUCGACGAGCGGGAGAAGCGUGAAUGCGAAAAUUCUGACUCUUUUCUUAUCGUCACUCUGCUUUCGUCGCGCGCUUUCGUCAGCGAUGAGCGUUAGGUGGACGGGGUGGCGCAGGUCAACGCUUGGCCGCAGGAGCGUCCUCGAAUCUUCAUUGCUUUCGCAAAAAUCAUUCAGUGCUCUUUGCGUCGCCGCUGCUGUUCUUCUCCGCCAGAUGAUGUUAAGUUUAGCCAGAAUGGUCUGAUUAACCGACGCCCACGUUUUUUGCACAAGUAGUGCGUCAGAUUUAGCCGAAUUUGAUAUUAUUCGGGCAAGGAAAAGAGUAAUGACGAUAAACAAGAAAGAAAGGAACGAAAUUCGAAAGAAAUCAUCCGCGGCGUUUCGUCAAGCGAUGCGCGACACCGUCCAGGUCCAACUCACUCACCGACAACAAACGGAAACUGCGUGUCGCCAAUCGCCUUUUGCACGCAGCCGAGAGACGCGGCUUUACCUUGUAAGAAAAUCUUUUUAUACGAAAUCAACUCGAUUCCGCGCGCGUCCGCCGCUCGGCACGUCGCGGCUCCCGCGGAUUCUCGCGCGGGGCUCGCGCUACAAAGGCGCGAGCAGAUAAAGCCGCCGGUGGCCACGAAGACGCGAGGGAGAAUCCGCGAAUCGAGCGGUCGCUCUUUCGCGGUGGCGAAAACGCCGCGUUUCGUUGUGCAUUUCGAGGCGAACGCUGCGAGCGGCAGGCGACGCGUGUGAGAUCCCGCUUCGUUGUACAACGACGAUAUCUUCCCCUCUCGUCCGGAGACUUUCCGGGCGGCAACGGACGAAGGAGGAAGGCGAAGAAGAAGACAGCGGAGAAGAGGAGGCAGAAGCGAGAACGCAUUGCGUCCUAAAAGGGGGAACCGAGUCGCUCCCUUCUCGACCAGCACUGCCAUCGAUAUGAAUUGUUUCCGCGCGAGCGCGUUAAGGAAUGUAAUCGCGACCUCGCUGCACGGUCACAUUUUUUUCCUGUCCUUUUUUUUUUAGGGAGACACUCGACCUACACUAUCUUCCUGCGGGAUAGCUGUGUGACGUGCAUAUGUACAGGAGCCGCGUAACAAUCGGAAUUAUUAUAUACUGUAAUUGGCAUAUCAAUUUUUCACGGCGAAAGGCGCCGCAUCUCGUGCGCAGACUCGGCUCUUCCCGGCGGAGAUUCGUCGGCGAGGACCGUCGCGUCGCGUUUCCUUCGCGGUCUUUCCGCGCUCCCCUCCCCCUCCGCUUCUUCCUCCUCCUCUCCGCCCCUCCCCUCGCGGAGGAGGAAACGGUCGAACGAGCCCUCGGAAAAUUUCGCGAUACAACUCGCAUCGAGGCUGCGAGACGUCGCCUUUUCCGCUCCGCGGACGUUUCUUCUCUCGAAAUCGGCAUCGCGAAGAGAGACGCGUUUCCAGGACGAAUCUCCAGGAAGAGUCGCGUUUUAACGAUUCGGCCCGUUGGACGCGCGCAUGUGCAACGGUGAUCGAGCUCGCUAUCGAUCCAGACGUGCGGGAGAGGAGAGAGAAGACGAGAGGGAACGGGAGAAUGAGUGAGAGAGAAACGCGAAGCGAGCAGGGGAAGGAGAAACGAGCGGCGGGGCGGAUGAGAUAUUUAUCCGGUGGCUGCGAUCGUUACGUCGGAUCGAAAAGAUAAUUAAUUGCCAGCUUGAUGGAAUAAGCGGGCGUUUCAAUUAUUCGCGCGCUCGAACGAACGUCAGGCGUCGCGGCGCUUGACGUUCGACGGCCGGGGGCGCAGCAAUGGCUGGAGAAGAGCCUCGAGGCGGCAUGAAAAAAGCCGCGGCGCACGGCAGAUCGACGUGACGAUAUUUAAAAAAGCGAGAACGGUAGCGAGCCUCGAUCCCAAGCCUCACUCAAGACUGACGUCACAUAAAUAAUUCAGUAUCCUGACUGCGCGACGUGCACGCGUCAGUCGCGUAUUAUUUAUUGUCGCGCGCUGCGCCCGUGACGAACCUUUAAUUUAUAUGUAUAUGUAUACAUAUAGUACAUACACAGACACGCGCGACAUUAUACACAUACGAGAAAAGUAAAUAUAUAAAUACACAAAUAUGACUACAUAUAUAUAUAUAUAUAUAUAUGUAUAUAUGUAGUCAUUUAUAUAUUUAUACCAAAUUAUACUUUAUCGAUACACUCUGUGUAUGUAUCGAGAAAUUUUCCCUCCUCUUUUAUACGCGUUUUGCUCAAAUUUUACCCACACAUGUAGUUAUUGUUGCUUCAUCCCUGUAUUAUCAAUUUCUUACGCUGAUAAAUUCUCGAUUAUUCCUUUCCCUCGUUGCAUGAAAGCAUAUAAUAUACGUAUCUCGUAUGACGACGAAUCUUAAGCAUAUGAUAAAUUGUAAUAAAUCCAACUUUAUUUCUUUAUUUCUGCCGACAUCGUCUUCAUGCAACGAGGAAGAGGAAUAACCGAGAAUUUACCAUUUAACGUUAGGAAUUGAUGAUACAGCGAUGAGGCAACAAUAAUUUUAUGUGCACGUAAAUUUGAGCAAAGUGCGUAUAAGAGAAAGGAAAAUUCCUCGAUACAUACACGGGGAUGAAGUAUAAUCUGGUAUAAAUGUAUAAAUAUAUAAAUAUGAUUUUAUAUAUAUAUUACACACACACACACACACACACACACACACACACACACACACAUACAAAAGUAAUAUACGUAUCUCGUACGACGACGAAUUUUAAGCGUAUGAUAGAUUGUAAUAAGCCCAACUUUAUUUCUCUAUCUCUACCGACAUCGCCUUCAUGCAACGAGGAAAAGGAAUAAUCGAGAAUUUACCAGCGUAAGGAACUGACAAUACAGGGAUGAGACAACAAUAACUACAUGUGUACGUAAAUUUGAGCAAAACGCGUAUAAGAGGAGGGACAAUUUCUCGAUACAUACACGGGGAUAAAGUGUAAUCUGGUAUAUCGCACGCGAUUACAGAAUACAUGAAAAGAACUCGACCACAUUGUGAUAUAACGGCAAGUAGCCCGGGCUCUCGCGCGUCUCACACGUAUGUAGACACGUUAUAUGCUUAAGCGUGCCCUGCGCGGACAAGAGAGAAACUACUCUCUCUCUCUCUCUCUCUCUGUCUCUCUCUCUCUCUCUCUCUCUCUCUCUCUGUCUUUCUCCUUCACUCCAUCCCUCUCCUCUCGGAUUUCGUUCCGAAAGAGCGGCCGUAAAGUGCAGCGACUGCACUCUCUCUUCUUCUCACUCUUCGCCUAGCCAGCUAGCCAAGUCUACGAACGGCGCGACGGGCUCUCUUUCUUUCUCAUUCUGCCUCCCUUCCUCUUUCUCCCACCUGUGUGUGGCGCGCAAAAUUUAUUACCGGUUUAAAUAUCUGACGUGGAACGUGGCAUGAAAUUUAAGACUCGUCCGGCGCUUUUACCGCCCGGCCGCUUAAAUAGCGUUCCACGUACGAUUAUUUGGUCGUCCGUCGGCCGCCGCACUUUCCUCGAUUACCCGGGCCCCAUUCUAUUAAGCUUAAUUUUUCUCUCAUUUCGCCGGACGGUUCUCUCCUCUCUGUCUCUCUCUCUCUCUCUCUCUCUUUCUCCCUUUCGUCCGUUUUUCUCCCUCUCUCGCGGAAACGCGGGAACGCGGCUCCGCAACGUGCACGCGUCGCGUCGACCGAAACCGGUACGUACCGCGCGCGCGAUGCUCGUGAUUGACGUUCCGCUAUUUUUAUCCCGAAUACCUGCACGGGCAAUGUUCGCGAGCGAGCGUAUCGGUUUUUCGAUUAAGCCGCGAGACAGUCUGCCUCGUCGAGGAGAAAUUUAAUCGGCCACCCUUCCGCGCAGGUCGCGCGCCCUUUCGCGGCAAGAGCGGCGCGUUGCGCGUCUAACAACGAGAUCGGAACAUUGCUAUGUCUAUUUAGUGUUUAAUCGAUAUCAUCGCCACGUAGGAUGUUAAAUUAACGAAAAAAGCGAAAACGUAAAAAAAGCAGUAAAACUCAGAAACUAAGAGUGACAGCUUCGAACGCUUCUCGAGUGUAAAUAUUAACCGUUAGGGACCUCGUACACACGGUACACACGGUAUACACAUCCACACAUCCACACACACACACACACACACACACACACACACACACACACACACACACACGUACUCUCUCUCUUCAAGCGCCUUAAGUUGGGGGGCACCGAGCAAAUAAUUUCGUCGCAAUAAUAAUCGUCGUCUUUUAGGAGAGCGGGAGAUGUAUCAAGCGUACAAGCGGUUAUCGUAAUCGUAAUAGAGAGAAAAAGAGUCUGCGGAGAGUUUACGGCUCGCGUCGAGAGGAGGAGAUCUCCAAGAGGCGAGGAGGAAAGCCUCCUCUCGGAUCUCCUCUUCUUCGUUCUCCUCGGGAGGCAACGGCGGAGAGAUCGGCGUCGUUCGCCGAGCUUGUUCCUCCUCGUCGCCCUCGUCGUCGCCACCACCGUCGGCCCUCGAUAAUUUUCUCGCUCGACGGCACCGCGAUCGAUUCGCCGAUUAUCGCGCUGCGCCGCGCCGCGCCGCGCGGAAAAUUCGCCGAGCGCCUCGGCGAACACACACUGCCCGUUGCCGGCAAUAAUCGUCAAUUCGUCGCGAGCGAACGCGUAACGUGUGACUCACGUCGCCGUGAUGUCUAAGAAGCGAGAGAUGGCGGCAGAUGGCGGAAAGUUGCUUCGUACAAAGCGGGAAGGGAAAAAAGACCGAGGCCCAAGGAAGAGCCCGGCCGAGGUGUGGAGCGAUAAGGGAGACACUCUCCUGCCUGUGCCUGUGCUCGCAGGACAUCCAGGACCCGUAUUAAUAAUCGCUAGCGGAAGCUUAUUUCACGUGCGCGCCAUAACUCACAGGUCUGAAUUCAGGCCGGUAUUAAUAACCGUCACUUGAAACUUGUCGCAAGUGAGACGCGCAGGAUCCGAAUUGGGAGUUUGCUGUGCGCUCUUCGCUCGAACCGCACUGGCAAAUGUAUUAAACCAGUGCGCGGAGGGGUUGUCACGUGCUUGUCAAGUGAAAUAGGGUUUGAAACGAAGUUGCGUCUAAUUCCGGAGAGUCGGCCGUCUUUACGAGCAGCGACUUUCACUCGACGUUUUUUUUUUUUUACGUACCUAACGAGAACCUUCCGUUUUCCUCGUGACGCGAAAAUUUCAGCCCCAUGAGAUUUUAACAGAAGAGAAUUUAAUGGAAAAAAUGACAAAUGCUCUGCGCACCGACGUGAUAACGUGCGUCGGCAUGAUUCAACCGAGAAACUCACGUCCAUCUCUAAAUUCAGGCCUGAGUGUCUCGCACGAGAUGAAUUUCAGGCAUAACGGCCAUCAAUAACGAUGCAUUAAUCAAUAAAGGGCUUAGAGUUGGAGAGACUCAAGUUCUCUCGGGUGAAUCGUACGUAUAAUACAGCUGACACCGUAAUUGCGCCAUUUUUCAGCCGACGAACUCGCGUCAGACUCCAAACUCAAAUCCGAGUGUCUCGAAUGCGACAAGUUCCGAGCAACGACUGUUAACACGGACUUAUCAGUCUCUCUCUCUCUCUCUCUCUCUCUCCUCCUCCUCCCUCCCCUCCCCUCUCGCGUCCAACCGACUCAUGAAACUGUCAACAGCCGUCUCUCUCUUCCAGCGUCUCGCCCAACGUCUCACUCUCUAGGACGACGCGCUCCUUCCUUCCUUCUUGCUCGUCGACGCUCCUCCUGCGACAUCCUCCGGCGUAAAAGCCCUCUCGACUCCCUCCUCUCCGCCGCGGGUAAAAAUAGAUUUUUACUCCGUUCUAUUUCUAUUCCUCCCGAAAACGGGAGGCGGCCGCGAGGGCGACGGCGGCGAGACAAUACCCUUGCGAGCUGGCCCCGGCUCUCGGAGCUUUCGAGAGCACCUCCGGGACACAAAGACACUACUCCUCGAAGACGUAAGUAAUGGGAGACCGGUACAGCACAGCAACGAGCUCCAACUGGCCGCGGGAACUAGUUCGAGACGGCAGAACCGGACGCCAUUAUCUAUCGCCUAGGAGCCGGCCGGGAUUGGACACGCUCGUAAUUUUGAGUUAUCCCCGUCAGGACGGGAGGGACGUUAAUAAUCCUCCAGGUGCGAAGGGCGGAUUCGCUCUCGCGCAGAACACUCGCUCGCUCGCUCGCUCGCUCUUACCAUAAACGCGCCCCGCUAAAUUCUUAUCGCGCGCGCACUCUCGCGCCCGGAACAUCAUCGGAACGAGAUAACGCGGCGGUCUCUCGUUCGCCAUCUCGCCAUCUCGCCGCCGCCGCCGCCGCGUAUACGAGUUCCUUGCACCCGCUGCAAGCCCGGCUCCUCUCGCAGAGUCGUAAGUCUUCCUCUUCCGUUCGCCAUCGAGGGCAGGAGGAGGAGCAGCGGGACGGGCAGAUACAACCGACGAUACCGCCGCGCGGUCUAUACCGAUAUGACCGCGAUGCGACAUACGACGCGAUCGGUAUGUAGCCGCGCGCGAGAUCGGGGGAAGUUUCUCUCUCCCUUCCUCUUUCUCCCUCUUUCUCCCUCUCUCUCUCUCUCUCUCUCUGCCUCUGUCUCUUUCUCCCUUCGGCAUAAAUCACACACGCAACCCUUUUUCCUAUCUGACAUGAGAAAUGCGGGAAGAAGCUCGCGGUGCACGACCGAGGCGGGCGACGGCGGGCGGAAAGUGGCGCGGGCCGGCUCAUCCUUUACGGGAGGACAUGUGAGUGCGUACACGCGCGAGCUCUACGAGCAGGAUCGUAAAAAAAAAAAAAGA